AUGAAGAAAAAAACCUCCAAACUCGAAGACACCAGCGACAAAGAAAGAAAUACUGAACUUGACAACAAAAAAAAAAGAAGAACCUCCGAAUUCGAAGACACUAGCGAUGAAGAAAAAAGCACUGAAUUUGACAAUGAUGAAGAAAAAAGCACCAAACUUGAUGACAUCAAUAACGAAAAAAAAGACAGAAGUACCAAAUAA